CCGACCAGCCUUAACCUUACGCGACGCGUACUAGCCAGGAUAUAACCAACGAAAAUGAGCGGUUUGAAUCCUUCGUCUUCCAAUCUAACCUCCUUUACACUAUUUGUCAGGCUGCUCCCGCCACCAUGGACUCGUUUGAUGAGGGCAUAGAGACGGCUUCUACUACGCCGCCACCCUCCGAGCCGUCGACUAUUUCAGCCUCGAUGACAUAUGCAACCAUAAAAUUGCCGGACUACGAUGUUUGGACGGCUGAUAAAUUCAGGCGAUUCCCUGGGUUUACGAUAGGCCACGACCCUUCUCGAGAGCGGACAUGGUGGUGGCAUUUCGGAUACAGAAUGAAGGAUAAUAGGCCACGGACUCGCAAGAUAGUAUGGGUCUGCGAGAGAUGCUUCCUCCGGAACAAGACCGAGGACCACGGAUUAUGUAUUCAUUGCUUCGACAGGCGGAGGUAUUGUCCGACAUCUGAGAAAGGAGCACAACAUCGUGCCACCCUCACAACACGCAAGACCCGUGUCCGGAAGUGGAGGUACAGAUCGGAACAUACUCGAUAUGCUUCGCGCCGAUCCAACGAAUCCUAGUGAUCAGACCCUUUUCGGCAAUCUGCAUAUGCUAUUCGACCCGAAAAUGAAUCAACUACUCCUGCUCGACUGGCUUACGUACCAUAACCUUCCCUUCAAUCUCGAACUCGGAGCGCUUCAGGCGGCUGCUUCUCUAUA